AUGAAGAACGUGGAAAAGUACGAAAUUCGAAGGAUUGUCUUCGAACAUUCUUGUUCGGUUGACGACAAAGCAGGAUACGAAGAACAAGCAACACCUGUCAUUGGACAAAUGCUUAAGUCAAGGUUUACAGGAAAUGGGUCUGGGCCACGGCCAAACGAGAUCAUGCAAGUCAUGCUAGGCGAUUACAAUAUUCGGAUUUCUUAUUGGAAAGCUUGGCGAUCAAGGGAAGUAGCGCUACAAUACGCAAAAGGGGCAAAUGCUACAUCAUAUCAAUUGCUUCCCGAUUACUUACAAAGACUCGUCGUGGCCAAUCCUGGAACGUUGGCUGAAAUGCAUACAGUUUAUGAAGCUGGAGUUGGUCAUCGAUUCAAAUAUAUGUUCCUUGCACUUGGAGCAUGUAUAAACGGUAUCAAGCAUAUGCGUAAUGUCAUCAUCAUAGAUGGAGCACAUUUAAGAGGGAAAUAUGCUGGAUGCUUAUUGUCUGCAUCAGCCCAAGAUGGCAAUUACCAAGUUUUUCCUAUCGCAGUAGGAAUAGUGGAUGGUGAAAAUGACAAAGCGUGGGAAUGGUUUUUUAAAAUGCUUCUGAAGUUCAUCCCUAACGACAAUGAUAUUGUUUUUGUUUCAGACAGACACUCGUCCAUCUACAAUGGGUUAUCAAAGAACAUUAACGCUUCGUGUGCGGAAUACUUAAUUGGUAUUGGUUUCCAACAUUGGGCACGUGCGCAUUUCGAUGGAAAUCGGUACAACAUUAUGACAAGCAAUGUUGCCGAGACAUGGAACUCCGUUCUCCGGGAAGCACGAGAGUAUCCAAUAGUGGCUUUGGUAGAGUAUAUCAGAUCCAAACUUAUGAACUGGUUUGCGGAAAGACGUAAUGUCACAGGGGUUGGUAAUGGAAGGUUGACGGCACGGGUUAACGAGAUUUUAGAAGGAAAUUUUGAAAACAGCGGUGGGAUGCUUGUCAGACGGAUUAACAAUGUUGAGUUCGAAGUGAAAGACAAAGUUGGCUCCUCAUAUCACGUCAACCUUGGAGGAAAAAAUUGCAGCUGUUUUUCAUUCCAAAAGCUCCUCAUACCUUGCUCCCAUGCUAUUGCUUCAGCAAUCAAUGAAAAAGUUCGUAUAGAGUCCCUAGUAUCUGAAUUUUACAGUCUUGAAACUUUGACCUCCGCAUAUGCCGAAGAUAUUGUGCCGAUAACCACCGAAACAGAAAUAAGAGAAGGCAUAUCCGGAAAGGAAGGAGAAUCGGUCAUAAUAUUUCCUCCAUCAAGUAGGCGACCUCCAGGUAGACCUCGGAAGAGCAGAAUAUUGCCAACGGGUGAAAUACGGGUAAACAAAACAUGUUGA